AUGACGGACGGGAUAACUCACGGUCAGACCGGCACUGGUGUGCAUGCAGUUGAGCGUAAAGAUGCCAAUCUUGACGCCCUUCAGGCCGGCUUCACACUCGCGGACGACCUCGCGCGUCACCAGGUGCAUACCCUUCUUGAAGUGAGGAAGACGGCUGUUGUCAGCUACGAGACUGCGACUCCCAGCUCACAAUUCCUUCUGCCACGGCAUUCUAACGACAGUCUCUUUCCUACCUCCCGCAAGAGCAGACACCAGAAAGACGCUCUGUGGGCAUUGGCCUGGACCAGCUCCCUAAUCUCCGGCGGCGCCGACGGCAUCGUUCGCUUCCACGACCCGGCCGACCUGACGCAGGCUCUCGACGAGCUGCCGGCGCUCCCGCUUGCGAUCAGCAGCAUUUCUGCAGCCGGCGACCGUGCCCUCGCGACGAGUCUGGAUGGAUCAGCCGCGCUUAUCGAUGUUGAGGAGAAGAAGUUCAUCGACCGCGUCGAGACGGGACGAGUGCCGCCGAAGGCGGGCGAGAAUGGUGAGUGGCUUCUUCAGGCGUCUUCCCCGCCUCUAACAGCAGAACUCGCUGCGUACCGUGGUGCGCUUGCGCCAGAUGCGGGAAGCUGGGCGUGGACCGGACGCGGAGCUCGUGUCGCUAUCCGCCCGGUUGGCGAGGGAGAAGGCGCGCUUGGUGGUGAGGGCUCGGUCGUCGACCUCGGAAAGGGACGCUUUGGCAUGAGCGUGGUGUACUCUCCCGACGGCAAGCAGCUCGCGAUCGGCAUGGAGACGGGCCACGUGCACGUCGUUGAUGUCGCUACGACAAGCGUAAUUGCGACGUACACUGCGCACGCGAUGGCGGUCCGCGCGCUUUCGUGGUCGCCCGACAGCCAGUGGCUGUACUCUGGAUCAGACGAUGCGCGUAUCGUCCUCCACGACGUUCGUGCUGGUGCGGAGAGCGGCGCUUCCGGUGAGGGAGCCGUCGCCAUCCUCCAGGGACACCAGGGAUGGGUGCUCGAGGCGCGAGCGCAUUCAGUGCCCGAGGUCACCUCUGAGAUAUCUGAAGCUUUCUUUCAGGUGGGGAAAAUAGCUGACGACAGUGGCGCCGACUCGGCAGUCAAGCUGUGGGACGUUGGAGAGCGUCGCGCGGUGUGGAACGGAUCCGCCGACGGCGACGUGUGGGGUUUCGCGUGGCAGCCCGAGGUCGAGGGCGCGCUCGCGCCGGGGAAGCAGUUCGCGGUCGCGGGCGGCGACAAGAAGAUCAGCCUGUACCGUGCGGCCGGUGCCGUGUAA